UUUUUCAGUUUAAACCAGUCAUACAUUCUGAGACUGACAGAACUGUACACAUCUCAAAGGGACUGAAGUUAAACCUUUAGUUCAUUGUAAUAUAGGAGCCUGUAUACGUCUCUGUCUACAGAUAUUAAUUCAUUGGUGACCUCAAGGACUGAUCUUUAGCAGAUGACAAUGUUAAAGCAGUAUUUAUGUGCUGCUGUGCUGCUCCUGAUAAUGUUUGGGCUGGAUGAUCUAUCAGCCGCCUCUGAGAGCAGCUGUCCAGUCACAGCUGGGGUGCCAGGCACACCGGGACUAAACGGAAGCCCUGGACGGGACGGCAGAGUUGGAAGAGAUGGGCUUCCUGGGCCUAAAGGAGAUCCAGGAGUUAGUGCUCAUGCACCUCCAGGUGAAAUGGGACCAGCCGGUCCAAAAGGAGAGAAAGGAAAUUCUUAUCUGCCAGGCAGUGAUGUUCAAAGCACAAUGAUGGCAAAACUUCAGUCAGCUGUCGAAUACCUAACAGACAGACUCACAGUCUUAGAAAAAAUCUUCGAAUUUCGUUCGGUCAAGAAUGUUGGAAAGAAAUAUUUGGUGAACAAUUUUCUGGUGGCGAAUUUCGAAAAGGCAAAAAGCAUCUGCUCUGACGUUGGGGCGAAAGUUGUCCUGCCACAAAAUGAAGAUGAAAAUAAAGCGCUAGCGUCAAUGAGAUUCUUCAGUGGAUCUUCAAAUAUCUUCAUCGGUGCAACAGACAAAGAUAAGAGAGGCCGUUACCUUGAUAUGUCUAACCAACCUCUAACUUUCACCAAUUGGAAAGUAUAUAAACCGAAUUAUGAUAAGGGGGCAGAGGACUGUGUGGUUGUUAAAGACGGUGUAUGGAAUUAUUUUAACUGUUCUCUUGAGGCUAAUGUGGUGUGUGAACUAUAAACUGAAAGGUGAAACAUUUAUGAAGGAUAACAAUAACUCUUUAUGUGUAUGUCAGAAUAAAGAUUAAACAAGUAAA